CCAUGUAUAAAUUAGGGUACCGAUCGAACAGGGAGACAUGGGCUCUGGGCUCUGUGGGGUUUGAAGAAAUCCUCACAAAUGAAGGGCAUAACCCAACCAAGGAAGGCAGCCUUUCCACCUGGAGGAAGGUAUUCUGGGGGAUGGAGAAGCACUAGGGUGGAAAUAGGAGGCCUGCUUGGGGGAUGGGAAGUAGUGCCUGUGGCUGGAAGGUCACGUUCAUUGGCAAGGGGAGGAAGGGUCCUUUGAGGGGCAUGUAUGGGCAGCCUUCUGGUGGAGGAGGAGGUUCAGGGCCCUUCCUUGGACCUGAGCCUCAAAGCUAGAGUUGCAUGUGCCUCACAGGACAACUCUCAGGGUCAGGCGAGGCUCUGGGAGGGAGCUCCCUUCCCACCACCCUGCUGCCUUCUUCAGCAGGGGCCUCCUCCCAGGGCCUGGCCACUCCCAGCAUCCAGUACCCCCACCCCUGAGCCGGUUGGAAGGCAGGCAGGAGGCUUCUCGCGGGGGCUGUGCCGGGUGGGCCGUUUUCCCAGAGUGAGGAGUGAAGCGGGACUGACUUGGCGCCAGCUCCCUCAGAUAUAGACAUUACUGGCCGGGUGACCAGCCUGCCCAGUUAGCUGAAGCCCAAGUUCUGGUCCUAGGGGCUGCCACAGGACCCCCGAAGGGGCGUGGCAUGUCACAGCGGGAGGUCGGAGGGGCACCAGCUAUGCCAGGUGUGGGGUGGAACCCGGCUAAGGCCACGCUGCAGUUGGUAGCGGGCACUGGCAGGAAGAAGAGCCGCCUGAGCAGAACAAGGCAGGACCGGUGGGAAGAGACCAGCUGGAGCACCCAAAGGUGGAGCAGAGCUGCCCCGAGCCCCCGAGGGGUCAGGGCCAGGAGCCUGGCUCGAGGCCGGAGUGAGGCCGGUCCUGAGAACGCUGCACGGGAGCGGAGCCGGGUGAGGACACUGCGCCAGGCCUUCCUGGCCCUACAGGCUGCUCUGCCCGCUGUGCCGCCCAACACCAAGCUCUCCAAGUUGGACGUGCUGGUGCUUGCCACCAGCUACAUAGCCUACCUCACCCGCACACUUGGCCAUGAGUUGCCCGGCCCCGCCUGGCCACCCUUCCUGCGUGGACUCCGCUACCUGCACCCUCUCAAGAAGUGGCCCAUGCGGUCUCGUCUCUAUGCUGGAGGCCUGGGGAGCUCUGGCCUUGACUCCACCACAACCACCACCUCAAGCCACAGAACAAAGGAGGCAGAGGCCAGGCCCCAAGUCUCUGAAGAGGCAAACGGUCUCUUUCCCACGAGGCCACUCUCACCGGCUCUUGGUGACAAAUGAGCA